AUGCUAGCAGUUUAUGAGCUCCUAACGGAUCCCACCUUCAAGGCCCAGCAGCAGUCGAGCGAUCGAUUACUCGAUCGGGACUUCGCUGGUUGUUUUGCCGUUUAUCCUCCACCAAGAAGUUCUGAGGUGGAAGAAAAGGUUUGCGACUGGGCAAAGAUUACACGUGUUCUUCGGCCGACAAGUACGCUGGCGGUUACGAAUAAACCGUAAUCGGUCCCCGCAAAAAGGAGGGCGUAUUUUAUGGCCAAGAUGCGCCGAUAAACCGAUUAUUUUUCGGCCUGCGCUUGGUCUAUCAUACCCAGUGAAUAACAUCUUCGUAAUCAAUAGGAUGACCAGGCGUACAGUAGGUAGGCUAACACAUCAAAUGUUAACCGAAAUUCCGAAGUGCGUUUUCGUUUCAAAAAGAUUACUAAAGUAGGGUUUUAAAAUUAAUCAUCAUGCAGCAUAAUUCUAAAAUAAUACAUUGACAUCGAUAUGCCGGCUUUCGAAGUAACUUCUUUCUGGCUUCAUGCAAAAACUAUACUUUGUAAGAAAUGGCUACUAUAUAACUAUGCCUACUAUAUAACAUGGAAAGAUGGCCAAAGGCGACAUCGCUCCCUCCUCGUCUAUGUCAUCCGGUUCCAGGAGGUAAAUGGCUUAACAAAGAUAAAGAAUGAAACUGUAUCGCCUGACUGAUAAGAAGGUCACCUGAGAUCAGUUCACGCUCGUAGUCACUGGGCCACCAGCAUGGCUGAAUUGUUAUUUCGGCGAAAGACCGACACCCUAAAGUUGGACCUCAUGUAUGUGCUAGGCUCCACGCACAGCGAUCGACCGCGCUUGCGACCACUGAUGUUGAGGGGAACGAAUUACUGCACUAAUAACAGUCAGACAACUCCGACGAAACAGGUUCUGCAAUCGCAUUCCCAUUCGUCAACCUUCCUCCUUUUUGAUACUGUUUUACAUCAAGCCCUGUAGACUCGUAACUGCGUUUUCACUCACAACAAAUCAUUUUUUCAGUAGUAUGAGGGACAGGAAUUGAUCAGACUAACCUAUUGCUACCCCUUCCAAAUGGGACAAUUUUUGAGCUUGCCACAUUUGCUCAUGAUCGAGAUGCUGUACGUCUGUGUUAGUCCUUAACCAGUGUCUUAAUAUAUGCAUGUGGCAAUUGUAGGCGGCGACUUUCACGCCAUGCCCGGCCCUACGCCCGCCGUCAACCCCAGUCGGCAAGAAUGCUCUAACAGACAACAUGCACAGAGAAGGGGGAAGACAGAGAGUGCGACCAGUUGCCUCGUGCGUUUAGGUGUAGAAGUAUUGCUUUUCUAGAAAACCAGAGCAGAAUAAGAGGGCAGUAAGAUGUAGGAGGAGGAAUGCGUGAGUCAAGGAAACGCCAAACCAACGGAUGAGUAAAGGAGGAGAGGACUGCAUGUCGAUACUAGUACAUCGUCCUGCAACUCCCAUGUUAAGACGGUUCAACGUGCAGAGACUAGGAAAUACUGCCUAGUGGGUCUUAUUAAGGAUUUCGAAGAUGAUGGGAUACCGAUUACCCAUCCACCACUUACACCAAUGGCUAUUAACCACUGUUACACUGGUUUUCGUUCAUCCUCAAGAAUUCCCGAAUACCACAGUCUCCAGGACUUACCUCUUUUCUUCACUUUAGCUGAAAGCUGGACUAGCAGGAAAGUGCGCAGUUGGUGGUGCAACAUUUCUGUCUGUAUACUGAACGCGAUCGAGUCUAUUCCCCGACGUUACUUACGUGAAUUUAUUAAUUAUCGUUAAUGCGCUUGCAGACAUUCGCCUUCUUACGCGCAGUGGAGGCAUUUGAAUUAUACCCUUCCUUUUAGUAUGAAAAAUGAAUACGACAUAAUUCUUUACCAAAUGAGUAAAAUAAGGGAUUUUUAUGCAUGUUUUCCAUGAAAUAGAUUGGAAUUUAUAAUGGCAUCAAAAACUAUGGGAAAACUCGUUUUUUAGAGCGUAUGGUUUUUGGAGGCGGACGGAAACAAUUUCUUUUAAAAUCUGACAUCCUCAAGUGACUGAAUUAUCUUGGGAUUAUGCUGAAUGGUGAUUAAUAUUACAAUCAUGCCUAGGUAAUCUUUUCGAGUCGAAAACGUAGUUCAGACUAUCGGCCAGCAUUUCCUGAAUUAGCACAUCUACUGCACAUAAAGAUCAGCAAAUAAGAAGCAAUAUGGUAAAAUAUAACUCAAUUUUCUGCUAAUACAUUUGCUAGAGAAGGGUGUACUGUAGGAAUUUUGCAGGACGAAACUUUCAAACUGUACCGAUGCGCCGUCACCAAUGGAGGCGUACGUCAAACCUUUACCUUCAACAGCAACAAAUGCACUUCACGCAAAGCAACAGUUAAUAAUGUCUUGGUGCUUUCUCGAGAGAGCGUGGCUAGGAGGAAUACUCAUUCGUUAAGGUUAUUUUUAAUUUGAGCUUGCAUGCGUCUGCCCACACUAUUUGACUAACGGAGCUUCUGAAGGGAACCGACGUCUGUUGGGAUAGCAGCAGGACGCGUAGACGAUUUUAAAAACUAUCUCCUUACAGAGACGACGUAAGUCAUGAAACAUUUACUGAGAUCCUGAAAUGUGAUUAUGGGCAGAAAAGGUCAUCUAGGGGUGCUUAUGACCCUGAUUAUGAUUCGUCAUUGUCCUGAAACAUUUCAGUCACGCAAGGAGGCCGACUCUUAAAUGCGCGUCCUAAAGGCCACCUAGGAAAUCAGACAGGAUAAAACAGCACCUACUUAAGCAUUGCGAGUAUCCCCAUUGUUUUGCGAUGCACCACCUCGCCACCUGUCAUUCUCUGUCGCUGCAGAUCGGGUAUUUAUUCAACCAGGAGUGGGCGCACACCGAUCUAUUGGCUUCACGAAGCAAACAAGCUCCGUAUGGGUGGCAAAGGUCACGAAUAGGCAAUCAGUUACGAGGCCGAAGUCGGCCAAGUCAUAAUAGCAGCAAGGAGGGACGACAGAGAAUGCGGGUAGAUGGAUACAGUAGUAUUUCGGGCUUAUUGUGCCUUCAUUCAGCCAAUUGUAACCCUGACCACCAGCAGCUGGGACCAGAAACACAAACAUGCUCACAGACGCACCUGGCGCAUUUGAUCCACCACUGGGGUGUACCAGAUGAGAUCAUAAGCACUUCAUCGAACCGAAUUUCAUCAGUGCCCUGUCGCCUGCCAGGUGGUCAGGAUUAUGAUUGGCUGAAUGAAGGCACAGUAAGCCCAAAACAGUACUGUAUCCAUCUACCCGCUUUCUAUGUCGUCCCUCCUCGCUGCUAUUAUGACUUGGCCGACUUCGGCCUGGUAACUGAUUGCCUAUUCGUGACCUUCGCCACCCAUACGGAGCUUGUUUGCUUUGUGAAGCCAAUAAAUCGGUGCGCGCCCAUUCCUGAUUGAUAAAUACCCGAUCUGCAGCGACAGAGGAUGACAGGUGGCGAGGCACUGAUGAAUUUCGGUUCGAUGAAGUGCUUAUGACCCAUCUGGUAGACCCCAGUGGUGGAUCAACUGCGCCAGGUGCGUCUGUGCGCAUGUUUGUGUUUCUGGUCCCAGCUGCUGGUGGUCAGGGUUAUGAUUGGCUGAAUGGAGGCACAACAAGCCCGAAACAGUGCUGUAUCAAUCUACCCCCAGACUCUGUCGUCUCCCCGCUGCUAUCAUAGCUUGGCCGACUUCGGCCUGGUAGGUGGUUGCCUGUUCGUGACCCCUAUCGCCCAUACGAAGCUUGUUUGCUUCGGGAAGCCAAUGGACCGGUGUGCGCCUGAAACAGGGCUUGAAUCUCCGACUUUUGCGGCCUAGGUUGGGGUUAGGUGUAGUUAAUUAUAGCCGAUAAGUCAGGAUUGCUCCUUCCGGUAGCAUAGCGACUGAAUCCUAUGAAUACUGCAACCCCUUGUGCAUGAACCACCCAUAUCUGCUUUUGUCUCUGAUGUGUUCGAGCACGGAUCCGAAACGUCAAGCAAAGAAAGUCCUUGUCCCAGUGAUCGUGUCUCCUUCUUCACGACAACAAUAAGUCAGAAUCGUUCUUUCUGGUCACCUCUGUCUUUACUAACAUCGGUUCAGGAUCAUAGUUACCGUCAUUUUCAUUCAUCCUGAAGGGCGAGGUAGUAAGCAGCCUUUUCAAAAAACGCGAGUAAACUGCAUCCUUCAGUUUGAAAGACGGUAACGAAGUACAGGUUUCGUUUCCUGUUCUGUUUUAGAUGCGUGCGAUAUAAAAAUAGUUCUGUUUUUGAGCAAGGGUAGAAUCUGCCCUAUGCCUAGUGCAUGAUUUUAACUUACAGCAAGACUUUUACAACACCGCAAACAGGAAGGACUUGGUUCUUUCUUAAACCAAAAAAACUGACGGUCUUAUUUUGCAGUUCUUUAGGCAACAACAGAGUUUCCCCUUUUGUAUGCCCAAGUGCACACGCGUUGCUAAAAGUUGCAACUUCCCGUCCUACUGCAGACAUGCUUUGUCAAGGCUACAAAGAGAAGGAAGAGGAGAAGGAGAAGAAGAAGAAGAAGAAGGAGGAGGAGGAGGAGGAGGAGGAGGAGGAGGAGAAGGAGGAGGAAGAGGAAGAGGAAGAGAGCUAA